GCAACAAAAACAUGGCACCCAUCGCAAGCGGUAGAAAAACAGUUAUUUGUCAUUGUCAAAAAUUGUUAAGGAGAGCUGACGAAAAUUGAGUAAAUGAAAUAAAUCGAAAAAAUAGCGUGCAAUCCAAUUACAAUCCGAGUAAAUUACGAUAUUUUGUCUUAAAUAAAGCGUUGUGAGCAAUGAGUGACGAUUAUUUAAGUAAACCUCUUUCCUUCGGCGCUCCUUCGCCCGCGCUACCGUCCCAACAAAUACAGACCCUGUCGCCGUAUCUCAACUAUGACUCGCGUUACCUGCAGGCCCAACCGGAAUUCAUAUUCCCGGAAGGUGCAUCCAAGCAGCGAGGACGCUUUGAGUUAGCGUUUUCUCAAAUUGGUUCGUCCGCUAUGAUUGGUGCAGGAAUUGGUGGAAUGGCAGGAUUAUACAAUGGAAUGCGAGCUACUGCACUGGCCAAUCAAACCGGCAAACUUCGGCGGACACAAUUGCUCAACCAUGUGAUGAAGCAAGGAGCCGGAACUGCAAAUACGCUAGGGACCAUAGCCGUAAUGUAUUCGGCAUUUGGUGUCUUUUUACAGUGGGCACGCGGUGAGGAUGACGAAAUUAACACGAUUGCUGCAGGUGGCGCUACUGGAUUACUGUACAAAUCAACGGCUGGGCUACGAAAAUGUGCCGUUGGUUGCGGUAUUGGACUUGCUUUAAGUUCUCUUUACGUUUUAUGGGGUAUCACCGGAGGAAGUUCAAAAAAACUGAAGGAGCUGCGGUCGCAGUACCUGUAACUUGCACCAUAUUAAUGUCUCAAAACAGAAUGUAGAACCUAGAUUUGUAAGCUGAUUUAAAUAUAAACUGGACGUUACUAGCCGAGCAAACCGUCUAUCAAGCUGUGGCAGAACGUUGCGGAACAAGUGUCACUUUAAGAUAGGUUAUAUUAUGUAUGUUAGGACACUUGUGACCUGUGAUCAUAUUUUUUUGUAAUUUUCUUUGCGAAAUUCAUGUGGAAAAUAAAAUUAAACACGAAA